AUGUGGCUACCGGACCGGACCGGCCGGUUGACCGGUCAUUUUUCUAAAAAUUUUGACCGUUCAUUUAAAAGCAUGAAUCGUUCGAUGCUUCAACAACGUACAACUGAAUCACAACAAUUUCAAUAUAAGCCGUUACAUUGGCUCGUGUUAUCUAUUUCAUAUUUAUUCAAUUUUCUACUUUUUAUAGAAUCUGUUGCCUAUAUUGUUUUGGGUGCAUGGGUAUUAUUUAUUUCACGUAUUUCUAUAGUACUCCUCUUCUCUCUACCUGUCUAUCAACGUGAAAUUGGUUUUGGAGUAUUGAUGGUAUUUACAGGAUCACUUGGCAUUAUUAUUAUCGUUAUAGGCGCGCAGACAGAUGGAUAUCUGAGUGAUUCAAAUGAUCUUCGAACCGCGUUUAAUAAUAAUAUUGUUACCAUUCAACAAGCAUCUCAAUUUUCGGGCAUAACAUGUUUAUCAAGUAUAUCUAGCACAGAAAAAUUGAUUUUGGCAAUGAAUGGUGGAAUUGCUAUGCUCAUGGCUUUUACCAUAUUAAUAGGUACAGUCAUAUUACGAUGCUUGAAAAAUGAUGUCGAAUAUUAUACAAAUGUUAUUCAAACAUUAAGAGGCUCAAAAUUAAUAACAAAAAAUAUCAUGAUUACGAUUUUUAAAUUUUUUCAAGUUAUUUUAAUAAUUCAUAUAUCUAAAACAGAUACAAAUGUUUCGGACUCUUUUGAAUUGACUUUGAAUGUUGAUGGAACACAGAACACUUUUCAUUUUAUCAAAUCUUCUCAAACAUAUCAUGAACCUGAAAUAUUUCAACUAGGAGAUGAGUCUCACAUACCGAAUAUACGCUCUCCUCCUACAGUAUCAGCAACAACUUAUAUUGUGAAAUAUGAAGAAAAUGAUUACGAAGAUAUACCGCCUUUUAAUUUUGCAAGUGUCAUAUCUCAUCAUUCGAUACCUACACGAACUGUUCCUUCUCUGUUCGCUGUAGUACAAACGAAUGAUGGAUUAUUAUAUGAAAUUGUUCCAUCUUUUAUGCAGAAUAUAAAAAGACAAAAGAGACAAAUUUUUGAUGAUUAUAUUGUUAAAAGAAUAUCUUUUCGUGAUGAAAAACCGAUUGUUCGUGAACAUAUUGUUAACAAUGCCCGUGUUAGCAUUGAUUGGAACAGCUAUCCAAAGUACAGAUAUCGACGUGCGACGAAAAACGAAUCAAAAAAAUCAAAUUCAACUUUAAAAUCAAAUGAUACACUCGAUUCUACAUUAGAAACAACUAUUAUUACUCGUGUACCCGCAUCUGAAAUCAUCACACCAUCUACACUUCCAACGGCCACCUUACCAUUGGAUACAGAAAAUAUCACCAUACCAUCAGCCGAGAAUAUCACAUUACCAACAAUCCUUCUAAAACCUAAAAAACCGGUUAAAAAAGAUACCCAUGUUUAUAUUGAAUUUGUAGCUCUUGUUGAUAGUCUAAUUGUGCACGAUAUUGAAAGACAUCUAAAUAAGAGUACAUUAGAAGCAAGUGAAAUAUUAAAAAUAUACUAUAUUCAUGUUGCUAUUGGUAUUGAACAAUUGUAUCGACAAUCGUUAAUGAACGAAACACUCGAAAUACAUAUACGUUUAACAAAAAUUAUAAUUGCCAAUGAUAAACAUCGUUUACCAUGGGAACUGUUAGAUACAUAUCGAAAUUUAACAGAAAAAUAUCGUAAAUCAAUUUAUUCUGAACGGCCAAGUGCUAGUAGUGAUCUCUUGAGUUUAUUACACACUGCUUACAGAGAUGCCCAUUUUGAUAAAAAAUUUUUUCAGACAGGAGCAGAUCACAUUAUGACUUUUACUCGAAUUGAUCUAUUAAAUCGUGCCGGUUCGGCAUAUGUUGAAGGUCUCUGUAUUCCCGCAUAUAAAUAUUCAAUUAUUCAAGAGGAUAUAAAUGCAUUUUCUGUUAUAUUAACUUCUGCUCAUGAAUUAGGACAUAAUUUGGGAUUAAAUCAUGAUGAAACGGAAAAUGAUUGUAAUAAUAAAGAUUUUCGAUAUAUCAUGUCACCAGCAAAUUCAAAUUUAAAUAAUCGAAUACAAUUACCAUUUUUUUCUAAUUGUUCAGUUGCUCAACUAAUUCAAUUUGCUCACAAUAAUACAUCAACAUGUUGGCGUAAUAAUUUUACAAGUAUACAAAAUGAUACAAAAUUUCAUAUUUUAAGAGAAUUAACAAUGCAUCUAGGAGAAAUAUUUAGUUUACGUACACAAUGUCGACUACAAUAUGGGCCCAAUUCAUUUCCAUUCAUUUCUAUUGUGUAUGGCCUUAAUCAGACAUUGUUUGAUGAAAAUGUUUGUCAUCAAUUACGAUGUUUUAAAAAUUAUUCUGAAAAUUAUAUGUAUUGGCAAGAUGGAGCAUUUGAUGGUACGCCAUGUAAUGAGAAUAAAUGGUGUCAAAAAGGACACUGUGUCCCAAUGUCAAUCACUAAACAUGAAAAAAAUGUGUCGUCAUCAAAUGUCACAAAUAAUAUUGCCAGACUUGUUGAUAAAUGGCGUUGUCCAUAUGGUGAUUUAGCGGUUCCUGUUCCAAUUGUAAAUCUACGCAAUCAGACGGGUAGUUUAAGUUGUGUUGAUGCAUUGAAUUUACUUCGUUCGAACGGUAUGAAUGUUACGUAUCUUUGUUAUGAUUCAACACUGCCACUAAGACGACUUUGUUGUGAAGAAUGCAAACGGCAUCUUGUUCCUGAAUGUGGAGAUCGUAGUCCUGAUUGUUCAUCAUACGUUCAAUAUUGUCAUAGAGCGAAUUUUCGAUUCAAUACCGGAUAUUCAAUUUCAGAAUUUUGUCCAUAUUCAUGUAAUCUUUGUCCACAUUUACCCGCACCAAAGACUACAACGACAACGACAACGACAACGACAACAACCACUACUACUACCACAAAAACAACAAAACAGACAUCGAAAUCAGGUAAGACGAUAACAAUACAGACUAAAAAACCGACAACAACAAGAAAGACCACUAAAAAACAUUUGUCGAAACCAGUUAAAGUUCCACCAAGAAAAUAUAUUUCACCAACAUUUAACGAUCAUAAUUGUAUCGAUACCACCGAUUGUGAACAAUUACACAAAGUAUUUAUGAAAAUAAAAAAAGAUAGUGAUUGGUGUACAGGACAUGAACGAUCAUCGUUAAUGAUGGGUGGUAAAUAUUUUAUUGAAGCAUGUCCAAAAUAUUGUAAUGUUUGUAAUAUUACGUCAGAAUGUGAUCGAUAUAAAUUAUGUCAAAAUAAUGGUACGUGUAUUGUGGAUAAAUAUGGCGUUUAUAAAUGUUUAUGUGAUUCAUAUCACUAUGGAACAUUAUGUGAAUAUAGACGAACUUGUUUAGAUAAACCAUGUUCAAAAAAUGAAUUUUGUUUUCAGGCGAGAGCUGAAGAUUAUGUAUGUUUAUCGAAAGCAGAUAAAGAGAACUUAAGAGUUAUUUUGGGUGAUGUUAAAUAG